AUUGGCCGUUAGAGGUGAUGUUUUUUCUCUAGUGCAAAUUUUAAUCAUAUGCAAUUUAAUUUCGAGUUAAAGUUAGCAAAAUUACAUUCCCAUACAGAGUGUCCCAGGUGAUUUCACAGGCGUUCAGUGGGCACCAGUUGAGCACCAAGCCCCCCUCUUCGAUGAUCAAUCAGUUUGGACCGGGGUGUCGCGUCUCGGGCCCCAUUGGAUCGAUUCUUAUAAAUCUAGUGCCAUUUGGAGCACGCGAAUCAAUCGGAAAUAUGAUCGGUCACGCGGCGGGAAAUCUGUGCGAGGCGAUUAAGCGUUCAAUCAGCUACGGCACCUGAGGCGCGUUUAUGAAUGGACCAGGCCAGCCCCGCUCCUCCGGCCUUAACUUACUCACGUUUUAGUGCUUUCGAGUUCCCGCGUAUAUAUUUCUAAGUUUAGCCAUCAAAUGGCUUCAAAGUAUAUCAAGGCACCGUUGCUGCUGGCACUAUGCUUGGCAGUACCCGACACCGCAGUGGCCGCUAGUCGCGAGUUCCAACCGUACAUGGUAACCGAGAAGGACUUCCGCGAAUUCUUCCCAGCGGGCGCCCGGGAGGACCAGUUCCACCUGCAGCCGAUCGCCAACCACGAGGACUUCAACCUAGACGAGCUGCUGCAGCCACGCCCGAAGAAGGUCCAGAACCUCGACCCGGACGAGGGCUACGACGAUGACGAAGACGCCGCGGAGUUCCACAUGGAGGCCGAGGCCGACGAGGAAGACCCUGACCCCGCCGCCGAGUCCAGCAGCCGGGAGGACGAAGGCGCGGCCUUCCGCAGGGCGCUGGGACUCGGCGAGUACUGGCGGGAGGACAGGAACCCUAGGGGCGAGUACUGGAACCCUGGCGACGGGUUCCAGAACCCGAGGGUACUCCGCAGGGCUCAAACCCUCGAAGAGGACGCUGACCCUGCCGCCGACUCCAGCAGCAGGGAGGACAAGAGUUCCGUCUUCAGGAGGGAACUAGGGCUCGGCAAGUACUGGUGGGAGGGCUGGAACCCUGGAGGCGAGCACCAGGGCCCAAGGGUACUCCGCAGGACCCAGACCGACGACGAAGUCUCUGAUCCCGCUGCCAACUCCAGCAGCCGGGAGGACAAGAGCGCCGUCUUCCGGAGGGAACUAGGUCUCGGCAAGUACUGGGAAAAGCCCAGGAACCGAGCUUUUGGCCCCAGAGCACUCCGCAAGACCGAGACGGACGACUUUACGUACGACUCCCCCGAGGACGACAAGGAUGACUUCGACAAAGAUGACUUCGACAAAGAUUUCGACAAGGAUCUCGACAAGGACUUCGACAAAGACCUCGACAAGGAUUUCGACAAAGACCUAGAUAAGGACCCUGACUUCGAGCGACCUGCGCCCACACAACCGACCUCUAGCUCUGGGUCCACGUUUCGGCCGAGCCCUAGUUUCAGCUCGGGGAACCCCGACGAUGCCCUGAAGUUGAUCCCUGGCCCAACCUUGGGGUUGGGCAGCUACUAUGGGGACAGCCCCGCGCCUACGACGAAUCACAACCUGCCACGACCUCAGCCUCUGGGAGCCUCGGUUAAAGUUGGGACAAGGUACAUGGUAAGCGGCAAUCGACAACCUCAACGCCAAGUCAUCCUGAAGAAACCCAGGAGUCAACUAAUCCUCCGCCCUAUCAACAACCAGGCCCGCCAAAAAGUGCCGCAACUAACACACCCACCGAAACCAACAACAACAAUCGUGAAGAGCGUUCCGGAGUACGUGUACCACUCCGUCGAGGAGUACAACCCCGAUCUCUCUCCGAUCCCUGUGCCGGCACCCCCGAAACAGGGACUCUUCAAGCCGGCGUUCGGGCCGGACUACCCGACCAGAUCCACGCCGUAUCCCUUCGAGAAGCCCGUGCAUGAGUUCCCGGAGUCGCCGUCCGGGUUUCACGGGAACACCAACUCCUUGGAUGGUCAUUUCCCGAGCACGGUAUCCACCCCGGUCGUGACCCCUUCGAUAAGGCCUUUCACUUUUGUGCCGAGGAAGAAUGCGUUCUCUAGGCCGAGGGUUAUCGGGGCGAGAUUCCCGUUCAGUCCGCCGCAUGAUGAGCCGGCACCUCACAUUCCCAACUACAAAUACCACUACUUCGUGAACGACCCACAAACCAAGGACGUGAAGAGUCAGUGGGAAUUGCGAGACGGUGACUCGGUGAACGGUGCAUAUUCGUUGGUGGAGCCGGACGGGGCUUUGCGCAUUGUUGAGUACACGGCUGACCCGGAGAACGGGUUCAGGGCCAUGGUCAAGAGGAUCACCCACGGUGAACAUGGGGAUGUUGAGGAACGACAAUUCCAUGGUUGAAAUUGAUACAAAAAGUUAUUGACAGAGAAGACAAAAGGGAUAUGGAUGGAUC